CAUAUGUACAUACGUGGUGGCAGCACUAUCCCAGUAUUACUUCAAGGGUUAAUUUGCGUUGUACGACACGUAUUUUACCCAUGAACUGCGUAAAUCGUGUUUUCUAUCAUAAAUUGUCCGAAACUACACUAUUCAAAGAUUAUUUGCUGUAUUAUUAAAUAUAUAUUUGGAAUGAAAAUGAAGAUUCCAAAUAAUCGUUCAGGGAACGAUUAUGGAAACGAAACGGGAAUUAUCUCUUACAUGGAUAAUAAUUUUGAAUCUGAAAUCGAUGUACAAGGAACAGAGGAAAGUGAUUUUUCUGAAUAUCUUUGGAUGGAAAAUGAGGAAGAAUUUGAUAAAGAGGUGAUUCAACAAUUAAUGGAAGAGGAGUUAACAGAGGAAUGUUUGAAAGCAAUGUGGGAAGAUGAAAGACAGCAUGAACGAAAUACAAAUUCUAUUGCUUGGUCCACUGCUACGAACAUGCCUGAGAAUGGAGCUGAACUUUGUCAGCAGCUUAACAAUCUAAAAAUGCAUGAUGAUCUUGCUAAACAGAGUACUUUAAAUCCAAAUGCAGCUGAAUUUGUUCCAGCAUGUAAAUCAACAGUAACGUCUGUAAGUACACCACCAGAAGUUACUGCAGAAUCAUCAUAGAAGCCAUACAUUCAUUAUUUAACUGAAUAAAACACAGGCUAUAUAUAUGGCUCAUGUUUACCAUCUUCAGUAACAGUUGUAUUAACUGAAUUGCAUUAAAAGUUAAAUGACUGUCCCUACACGUACAAAGGUAUAAUGAUUGUCAAAGCAGAUAAUACAGAAUGCUGUUAUAUGAUAUUUACGAAUAAUG